UUUUCUUAAUUAUGUUCUAUGAAUUAAUAGGAAAAGGAAAGGAAUUAAACAAAGAUGGCUGCUCCAAGCAGAGGUGAAGGUGUCCAGAAACAGAUUCAACAAGACUGGCUGAAUCGAGAAUAUAUAGAAAUAAUAACAAUUAGUAUUAAGAAAAUAACAGACUUCCUUAAUUCCUUUGAUUUGUCUUGUCGUUCUAAACUCGCUGGGUUAAAUGAAAAAUUGACAAUUUUGGAACGAAAAAUCGAUUAUUUGGAAGCUUGUGUUACAAAAGGUGAAACACUUACAUGAGAAAAUUUUUUAAACAUUAAUAACGUCCUAUAUAUAUAAUAGAAGUAACAUAAAGUGUAACUUCAACA